AUGGGUUUCUUCAAGUCCCUCAAGUUCUAUACGAAAACUGUUUUGGCUGCCACUAUCUUGGGUGGUUGUGCCCUCUAUGGUGUUUUGGCUUCUAUUGCCCUAACACUUGUUGGGAAGCGUCAUUUAGCUCAGUGGACUACUGCAAGAGUUUUCUACUACACUUUCAGCUCAUUACUUGGUAUCAGAAUAAAGUUGAUAAAUGGUGAACGUUUGGAUAAACUACCAGCUAUUCUUAUUUCUAAUCAUCAAAGUGCCUUGGAUAUUUUGAUUCUAGGAAGAAUUUUCCCAAAAGGUUGUGUUGUUACAUCUAAAAAAUCUUUGAAAUAUGUUCCAUUCUUGGGUUGGUUCAUGGCUUUAAGUGGUACUUUCUUCUUGGAUCGUUCAAAUAGAGAAAAAUCUGUUAAAACUUUGAACAAGGCAUUGGCUAAUUUGAAAGAAAAGAAAAGAGGUUUAUUUAUCUUCCCAGAAGGUACUAGAUCAUACUGUAAGACCCCAGAAAUGUUACCAUUUAAGAAAGGUGCAUUCCAUCUUGCUCAACAAGCUGAAAUUCCUGUUAUUCCAUUAAUCGUUUCGGUCACAUCUCCAUUACUUGAUGCCUCUACAAAAAGUUUUGAAUGUGGUGAAAUAACAAUCAAAGUUUUGGAACCAAUCUCCACUAAAGAUUUGAAAAAAGAAGAUGUUGGUGCCUUCUCUGCUAAAAUCAGAGAGACAAUGUUGGAAGAGUUGAAAACUAUUGGAUUAUCCACUAUUGAUGGUCAAACUCCAGAAUCAUAUGAGACUUUCCCAAAUGAAACUGAUGAAUUCACUACGGAUGAUCCAGAAGUCACUGUUGAAAGAACCAGUCUUUUGAGCAAAAGCUCAGAAACACAACGCAGCAGCUGA